AUGGCUAAUGCACGAACACUAAGGGAAUUGGCUGCUCCUGAUUUAAAUCAGCAGCCUUUGUGCAUUAUUUUUCCAAGUUUAGAUGAUAACACUCCAUUUGAAUUAAAAUCUAGUCUAAUUCAUCUCUUGCCAUCAUUUCAUGGUUUACCAGGUGAAGAGCCGUAUAAGUACUUGCAAGAGUUUGAUGUAGUUUGCAACAGCAUGAAACUCCCGAGCAUUACAGAAGAGCAGGUUAAAAUGAGGGCAUUCCCCUUCUCCUUGAAGGACUCUGCAAAAAACUGGUUGUACUACCUACCACCAGGGGUUCUGGUGAACAAGACCCCUCGAGCAGCGUGGGAGCUAAUUGAAGGAAUAGCGAAGAAUUCACAGCAAUUUGGUACAAGAGAAGAUGUCCCGAUACGCAAGGUGAAUGAAGUAGAGACAUCCUCUAUCCAGCAGCAGCUGACUGAUUUGACUUCUUUUGUUAGGCAGUUGGCUGUAGGAAAUGCAUCUCAGGCCAAGGUGUGCGGGAUUUGUACUGGUAUGGGUCAUUCUACGGAGAUAUGUCCAAUGAUUCAAGAGGAAAGUGCAGAGCAAGUAAACAUGAUUGGUCACACGCCCGCGCCAAGAAAGGCCUAUGACCCGUAG